AUUAAAAAAAAUCUCCUGUCACAUUGAUAUGGGUGCGUAAUUUGUCUUUUCAUUUCAGAAUUUCGUCAUCUUCAUCAUAAUUUUUAAGUCGGCACCGGUUGGGUGAACACGCACACGAACCGCCACGUGGCAUUGCCCUCGGUUUCACAGUCCCUCUUUCACACACAUUUUUGUCUUAUCCGUUUCAAAAUUUCCCUUAUUUCUGCUUACAUUUCCAUAUUUAAAACCGAUAAAUCAGACUUACUAUAUUCUAUACUGAUAAUAUAAUAAUAGUAAAUGAAUAAUCAUUUUGUGAGUUAGGGUUUUAUUUGGAGGGGAUAUGGAGAGAUUAAAAGAAGAAAAGGCAGCAGCAAUAUAUGAGAUAGGGGUAGUAGUUCCAAAGAGGAUAGAUGAACAAAUUGGGGAAGGAUAUGGUUAUGAUUGUGUUGAAUUUCUAGUUAACGAAUUCCGAAAAGUCGGUUUCAUCGUCGAUACAGUUACUGGCCUUCAUGAUCAAUUCCUCAAGUUGGCAGCGCCAGUGGAAAUAUUGGGGAAGGCAGCUGUUGAGUUACAGUUAAAGAAAAGAACUCAAAUAGGGGUGGAUUUACAAUUCGAAUGGGAUGAAUCCGAGGCUUUUACCAGACAAGCUGAUGGUUCAUUAUUCAGUUGGUGCGAGCGUUUCCGUUGCUACAAUCACAUGAUUUAUGGGAUUGUUAACAAGAGUGAGUCUACUAUUAUAUUAAAAUCUAACUGCAGAGAUGUUAGAUGGGAGCCUGCGGAACCACUUGUGUGGAAGUUGGAAAAAGAAGCUAUUAUUAAAGAAGUAUAUCCUAUCCAUGAUGAGAUAAAGAGAAAGCAGCUUUUAAAACGUUGGGCUCUAAACUGGCGGGACUUCACAAAUCAGCCUAUUGAUGAGAUAUAUGAUUACUAUGGAGCCAAGAUCGCAACAUAUUUUGCUUUUCUUGGGAUGUACACAAAGUGGUUGUGUUUUCCUGCUGCGUUUGGACUUCUCUUGCAGUUGGUUGAUUUUGGAUCUUCGCAGUUAUUUGUGCUUCCCUUUUUCUUUAUAUGCAUAGUUUCGUGGGCGGUCUUCUUCUUCCAAUUUUGGAAGCGGAAGAACUCUACGCUUUUGGCCAGGUGGCAAGUCUGUUACUCAGUGGGAGCUGAGUCUGCUUAUAAGUAUAUGGACACAGAGUGGAGUUCCUUUCAUUCAUCUGUAGAAUCUAUUAAAAAGUUAGGAGCUGAUCAUUCCAAGCAAAAAGAGAAGUUUCAAAGAGAAGAAUGGUUUGGUCGAAUGAUGCGAUUCAGAAAUGAUGCAUUCAUUAUCUUGAGCAUUAUAUGUCUUCAGCUUCCUUUUGAACUGGCUUAUGCACAUCUGUAUGAGAGCAUUGGAUCUGAUUUGUUGAAGUUUGGGCUGACGGCAGUGUACCUAUUUGCGAUUCAGUAUUUUACACAGAUUGGGGGAAAGGUGUCGGUGAAGCUAAUCAAGGAUGAGAAGAAUGAGAACUCUGAAUACAGAGCUAACAGUUUGGUUUACAAGGUGUUUGGGCUUUACUUCAUGCAGUCAUACAUUGGAAUACUCUAUCAUGCGAUUUUGCAUCGUAAUCUUAUGACUCUUCGUCAAGUAAUUAUUCAGCGGCUAAUCAUAUCAGAGGUGCUGGAAAAUCUGAUAGAGAACUCACUACCCUACAUCAAGUACAGCUAUAGGAAAUAUAGAGCUGUUCGCAACAAGAAAAAAAGGGAGAAAUGGCUGGCAGGCAGAAAGCCAUAUUUUAAUUCCCGGGUAGAGAAGGAGUACUUUAAGCCCAAGUAUUCUGCUAGUAUUGGCAAGGAACUCGAAGAUGGGCUUUUUGACGAGUUUUUGGAGUUGGCUUUGCAAUUUGGGAUGAUUAUGAUGUUUGCUUGUGCAUUCCCUCCUGCAUUUGCUUUUGCUGCAGUGAACAAUCUUACAGAAAUUAGAGCAGAUGCAUUGAAGAUUCUUGGCAUGUAUAGGAGACCAGUUCCCCGAGUAGCUGCGACAAUAGGGGCUUGGCUCAACAUAUUUCAGUUUUUGAUCGUUGUAUCAAUAUGUACAAACUGCGUGCUUCUAGUAUGUCUAUACGAUAGGGAGGGGAAUUGGAACAUCUCACCUGGCCUUGCAGCCAUUCUCAUCAUGGAACAUGUCCUCCUCCUCAUCAAGUUUGGCUUCUCAAGGAUUGUACCUGAGGAACCUGAUUGGGUAAAAGCAAACCGGAUGAAGAAUGCAACUCAAGCACAAAACAUGUGUUCUAAGCAGCUUUUGAGAAAUAUUUCCGGUGGUAGAGGAAUGCUCGUUCCAGGUACACAAAAAGAUGAUUAAUAGUUGCAUACAAGAAUGGUAGUUCAGCACAUAUACACCUUAGACUAGUUCCUAUAUCAGAGUUCCUACUUUUUGUAUCUAAGAGAAAAAUGGUGUCUUUAAGGAUUGUAGCCAGUAUCUUACCUCCAUUGACCUUAUUUGUCUGUUUUGAACUUUGUUCAAUGAAUUGUAGAAAGGUAAUGAUAGCAUUUAGAUUCAACAAAAAAUUAAGAUUGUAUUGGAUUAGAAACUGUUCGGAGUAAUUACAUUUAACUAUUUGUAAA